UGCUAACGAGUCUGUGAUGACAGGAGGAGGCAGCAGGUGAAUCAUCAACAGCUUCUAGUUUCUCACCGUCCACACCUGUUCGACAGUAAAUAAACUGAACGAUGCUCUCAGAGGGAAUGUUACACUGUACAUGAGAAGUCCAAAUAGAAACAGUAACAAUAGGUCAGAGUGGACAGGAAGAGGAAAGCACGCCGCCGGAGUCUGGAUUUAGCAGGUCCGUUGCUGUGAGAGGAAGAACCUCAGAAUUGGAGCAAUGUCGUCUGCGGAGGAGAUUCUGUGCAACACUCAGCAGGUGAUCGCUGGGCUGGAGGCACUGAGAGGAGAGAACCGCAGUCUUCUUGAAAACCUGCAGGAGGCGAUGGAGAGCCGGGCGGCACCAGAGAGUGGCAGCGUUGAGCAGGAGAAGAGCGGCAUCAUCAGCCAAUCACUGGAGAGGAUAGAGCUGGGGCUGAGUGAGGCACAGGUGAUGAUGGCAUUGUCUGCUCAUCUGGGUUCACUGGAGGCUGAGAAACAAAAGUUGCGUGCUCAGGUGCGUCGUCUCUGUCAGGAGAACCAGUGGUUGAGGGACGAGCUGGCAGGAGCUCAGCAGCGGCUGCAGGACAGGGAGCAGGAGGUGGUCACCCUGGAGGAGCAGAACAGACACCUGCAGUUCAUGUCCUCAAUACGCAAAUACGACCUGGAGGAGCCGCAGCUGGAUGACAAAGACACCUCCUCCAAAAAAGAGUCUCUGGAUGACCUCUUUCCCACCGAGGACGAGGAACAGUCGCAGAUGUCCCAGCCUCACCACAGCAGUGCAGCAGCCGCAGCCCAGCAGGGCGGCUACGAGAUUCCCGCCCGCCUUCGAACGCUCCACAACCUGGUCAUCCAGUAUGCAUCCCAGGGUCGAUACGAGGUCGCUGUGCCACUCUGCAAACAGGCUUUGGAAGACCUCGAGAAGUCCUCAGGCCACACCCACCCAGACGUAGCCACCAUGCUGAAUAUAUUGGCGCUGGUAUACAGAGAUCAGAACAAAUACAAAGAGGCCGCCAACCUGCUGAAUGACGCGUUGGCGAUCAGAGAGAAAACUCUUGGAAUGGACCAUCCGGCUGUGGCUGCAACGCUCAACAACCUGGCAGUGCUUUAUGGGAAAAGAGGGAAAUACAAGGAAGCAGAGCCGCUGUGUAAAAGAGCUCUGGAGAUCAGAGAGAAAGUUCUGGGUACAGACCACCCAGAUGUGGCCAAGCAGCUGAACAACCUGGCUCUGCUGUGUCAGAACCAAGGGAAGUACCAGGAAGUGGAGCAGUACUACGAACGAGCUCUGCACAUCUACCAGAGCAAACUGGGCCCAGACGACGCCAACGUGGCCAAGACCAAGAACAACUUGGCAUCAUGCUAUCUGAAGCAGGGGAAAUACAGACAAGCUGAAGCUCUUUACAAAGAGAUUCUGACCAGAGCACAUGAAAAGGAGUUUGGAUCUGUAGAAGGCGAUGGUCGUCCCAGCUGGUCCGGUGCUGAAGACAGUGGCUCCGGACAGGACGGACUCAGUAACCUGAAGCGCAGCGGCUCUUUCACCAAACUCAGAGAGUCGAUUCGCAAAAGCAGCGAGAAACUGGUCCGCAAGCUGAGGGGAGUGGGAAUGGAGGAAACUACCCCGAGGAAUGCUGGGAUGAAGAGGGCGAACUCUCUGAAUGUGUUGAAUGUUGGAGCCAGAGAGAGUCAGGAUGGGGCCGAGUCGAGCCGCUUGACAGAUGUUCGAGGACUAAGCUCCAGCACGCAGAGCUUGACAAGAAGAGGUUCAGUCGGUGGUACCAGCUAACACACACACAUCCACACAACAGCUGUCAAUACAGUAACUGGCAAGAUGUUCACAAAUGUAUCCUACACCACAGUGGAUGCCCCACUUUGAGUCCCCUCAAGAAACACGGAGAUAUAUGUCAAAACUGGAGACAUUGUCAAAAAUCUAAUUUAAUUACGAUCCCUCAUUUGCAAAAGUAAUGACACAUGAAUGUUUUCUUGGCCAUUGAGGAAGUGUCUCCCAAAUAAAUUUGUAGAACGGUGUGGUCACAUACUGUCCAUACCUAGACAUGUCUAUAUUGCACUAUGAACUUUUCCUUCCUGUUCACUUGAAAUUGAAUAUCAUUCCUUCCUGGAUUUAGGUCAGAAACAAGCUCAGUUUCCUCAGAAACUGAGUUAAAAAGAAUCAUGUUUGACUUCUUUAAAAAACACCAGCAUUUACACUGUUUUACAAACGUCAUUUUCCUAAAGAUUAAUAGUCAUAUUGACAUAACAGAUUAUCUUAUGAAAUUAGUUUGAAUUCUCUUGAGAAGCGCAGGAAUGUAAAAUGGUUUGCAUAACUAUCAAAACGUGAUGUGUCUGUCAAAAUGUAAAUGUUACAUUUGGUUUAAGAUGGAGUUUUUAAGCUAAAGUUUAAACUGUUAUUUAAAUAUGUUUUGCCUUUACAAUGUGCAGGUCACUCUGAUUAUAUGAUGCUGUCAAAGUGAAUCAUAAAACUACAAGUGUGUUUACCUCAUUCCACAUUACGGAAAUGACCAAUUAAGGACCACCUUUAUUUAAAACUUAAAUUAAAAAACAAAAAGACCAUCUGUAUAAAAUGAACGCACAUACCUGACUUGAUGGUAGACGGUACUACUCCUAAAAGAUGGAUAUUCUUGCACAUUGUCAGUUAAUGAUACAUUUUAUUUAUAGAUCACUUUCACAGUACUCAAAGAUACUGAUCACAAGCUAAUAUAUGUUCUUGAUCAAUCAAACUAGGGCUGCUCCCUCUUAGUCGUUUAAUCUGUCGGUGUUUCUUAAGACGUUUUUCAUGCUUUUCUCAUGCUAAAUGACUUAUUUCCAAAUAAUGUAUGAGCCGAUCUCUGGUAAACACAACGUUUGAAGUGGCGCUUUCGUGUGAUUCUUUCUGGAGAAACUCAGUUUUACAGAUCUGUUGAUCAACUAAUCUACUGGUCGACAAACAGCCCUAAAUCAAACUGUAGUAAAUCAAUCAAUAUUACAACACAUUUCAAUAUUCUGUAAUUAUGUAUUUGUUGAAUUGUGAGUUAAGAGUCUAUUCAGAAAAUAGUUUGAAGCUAUCUUGAUACCCCCAAGUUAUUGUUGUGUGCCUGAGUCAAUGUUGAUAACUUUCAGCUGACCCUGGAUUGAAUUUAAAAGGGAAACGUUGCAAAUUUUCAAUUGGCUUUGUAUUGUUGCAUUGUGGGUAGUAUGUGCAAAUUAACAAUGUUCAGCUUCCCUCUAUGUUACGGUGCAGGUAACAUGGAAGCUGAACAUCUUCAUUUAAUCAAACACAUAAUCUACUAAAUCUUUCCUUAAGUUACUCAGUUGAGACUUGACAGUUGUAACAUUUACUCAAAGCCACUCUGAAGGAACCUUAACUAGCUUUUAAUAUGACAGAUUUGUGCUCUUUUUAAUAUUAGCAGGAAUUACUUGAACUAGUUACUUGAAACUCACGACAUGAACACUGCGUGAACACAAAGUACUUUUUAUGUUGAUACGCAGACCGAGCAUUUAAUAACUAGAAUUUUAAAAGUCAUUUAAUCCUCAUGAAUUUCAAAAGUAAGAUACUGACGCAUAUGAAUGAGUGCUGCUAGGAAAUCAUGGCUCCCUGAAAAUGAUGUUACCACAAAACUCAAUCGUAUAGCUCACUUCCGUUCCAUUCCUGUUUUUUGUUUUUUUUCUUUCGAACAGACUGUAUAUCCUUAUUUUUCCAGAUGGAGAACUACUGAUUGUACAUUUGCUGUGAUAGAAAGUCUCUGCUGUUUAAUGUAAGGCUGGAAUCGCACUGUAGCAACUACAGUCUGUUUAAGAAACUAGCGUAAAAGUAUGUAGAAAGUUGACUACACAUUUCCUGAUGCUGUGUUUAUUCUGGUAAAUAUGAAUGUUUCUAUUUUAUAUUUGAAAACUUGAGCUGAAAUAAAUUACA